AAAAAAUGUCUAGAGGUUCUGAAAAGGGAAGGAGUAAAUUUAACUAAUAUGUCUAGUAUAUUGAGUAGAGCAGGAGCUAAUUCAGAAAAAGCUUUUAAAGACUUAUAUGGCCUUUGGUUUAAUAUGGAAGGAAGAAAAACCCAAUAUUUAAAGAAUUUAGAAAAAGAAGGGACAAAUUUAGCUAAUAUAUCCAGUAUUUUAAGUAGAGCAGGGGCUAAUGCUCCUGAAGCUUUUAAAGACUUGUAUGACCUUUGGUUUGAUACAAAAGGAAAUAAAAAGCAAUAUUUAAAAACUUUAGAAAAAGAAGGAAUAAAUCUAUCUAAUAUAUCCAGUAUUUUGCAUGGAGCAGGAGCUAAAGCAGCAAAAGCUUUUAAAGAUUUAUAUGACUUUUGGUUUGAUACAGAAGAAAGGAAAAAACAAUGUUUAAAAACUUUAGAAGAAAACGGGAUAAGCCUACCUAACAUGUCAGGUAUUUUAAGUAGAGCAGGAGCUAAUGCAGCAAAAGCUUUUAAAGACUUAUAUGACCUUUGGUUUGAUGCAGAAGGAAACAAAAAACAAUAUUUAAAAACUCUAGAAAAAGAAGGAAUAAAUCUAUCUAAUGUAUCUAGUAUUUUAGGUGGGGCAGGAGCUAAUGCAGCAAAAGCUUUUAAAGGCUUAUAUGACCUUUGGUUUGAUGCUGAAGGAAAGAAAACACAAUAUUUAAAAACUGUAGAAAAAGAAGGAAUAAAUCUAUCUAAUAUAUCCGGUAUUUUAGGUAGAGCAGGAGCUAAUGCAGAAAAAGCUUUUAAAGACUUAUAUGAUCUUUGGUUUGAUGCAGAAGGAAACAAAAAACAAUAUUUAAGAACUCUAGAACAAGAAGGAAUAAAUAUAUCUAAUAUAUCCGGUAUUUUAAAUGGAGCAGGAGCUAAUGCAGCAAAAUCUUUUAAAGACUUAUAUGACCUUUGGUUUGAUGCAGAAGGAAACAAAAAACAAUAUUUAAAAACUCUAGAAAAAGAAGGAAUAAAUCUAUCUAAUGUAUCCUGUAUUUUAGGUAGAGCAGGAGCUAAUGCAGCAAAAGCUUUUAAAGACUUAUAUGGUCUUUGGUUUGAUGCAGAAGGAAACAAAAAACAAUAUUUAAAAACUCUAGAAAAAGAAGGAAUAAAUCUAUCAAAUAUAUCGGGUAUUUUAAAUGGCGCAGGAGUUAAUGCAGCCAAAGCUUUUAAAGACUUAUAUGACCUUUGGUUUGAUGUAGAAGGAAACAAAAAACUAUAUUUAAAAGCUUUAGAAAAAGAAGGAAUAAAUCUUUCUAAUGUAUCUAGUAUUUUAGGUGGGGCAGGGACGAAUGCAGCAAAGGCUUUUAAAGACUUAUAUGACCUUUGGUUUGAUGCAGAAGGAAAUAAAAAACAAUAUUUAAGAACUCUAGAACAAGAAGGAAUAAAUCUAUCAAAUAUAUCCAGUAUUUUAUGUGGAGCAGGAGCUAGUGCUACCAAAGCUUUUGAAGAUUUAUAUGACCUUUGGUUUGAUGCGGAAGGAAACAAAAAGCAAUAUUUAAAAACUCUAGAAAAAGAAGAAAUAAGUCUAUCUAAUAUAUCUAGUAUUUUACAUGGAGUAGGAACUAAUGCAGCAAAAACUUUUAAAGGCUUGUACGACUUUUGGUUUAAUGAGCAAGGAAAGAAAUCACAGCAUUUAAAAUACUUUGUUAAGAAAGAAGGUUUUACAAUGCAUAACUUAUCAAGUAUAUUAAGUGGGGUAGGAGUUAAUGCUCAAUAUGCUUUUGAAAGUUUGUAUAGUGCUUGUUUUAACGAUAAAGGGAAAAGAACAAAACUUUUAGAUCAUUUCUAUAAUGCAGGUUUUGAGCCUGGUAACUUAUCUUGUUUGUUAUGUGGAGCAGGAACUAGUGCUUCUUCUAUUUUAAAGAGAUUUCAUAGUGUUUGUUUUAAUGACGAAGGAGAAAGAACAGAUCUUUUAGAUGAUUUCUAUAAUGCCGGUUUUAGAUUUGGUGAUUUAUGUAGUAUAUUGAGUGGAGCAGCAGAUAGGUUAGAGCAAUUUCAUGAUUUCUGUUUUACAGAAGAAACAAAAAAGUAUUUAACUCACUUUUUAGAUGAUAAGGAAAGUUUCACGCUGAGUAACUUAUGUAAUAUAUUGCAUGGAUCUAGAGCUAAUAUUUGUUCUGCUUUAAAAGAUUUUCAUGAUAUUUGUUUUGAUGAGGCAGGAAACCACUCUCAGGUUUUAGCUGAUUUCUAUAAAGUAGGUUUUACACCAAGUGACUUAUCCAGUAUAUUAUCCUUCGCAGGAAAUAAUGCUACUUCUAUUUUAAGAAAUUUUCAUGAAGUUUGCUUUAGUAAAGAAAAUUAUUUAAACCAUUUCUUAGACGAGACAAAACUUUUUACACCGAAUGGUUUAUCUAAGGUAUUAUAUGGAGUAGGAACUAGGGUUUGUUCUGCCUUUAAAAAAUUGCAUGAUCUUUGUUUUGAUAAAGCAGGAAACAAAGUAAGUUAUUUAAACCAUCUUAUCGAAAAACACACGUCCCGCGAGAUAAUUAAUAUCUUACGUGAAAAGAUUAGAAAAGCUCCUUCUACUUUCUUAGAUGGACAGAAUGUUAAUGAAGAAGGCAAAGCAACCAAUGCAGGUUCUAAAACAAGUAACUCGUUCAAGAGAACAAGACAAGAGCAAAAUGUAGAUGGUCUAGAACAGAGUGAACCUAAAGCUAAGAGAAAAAAGAAGGAAGGAAAGAAAGAAAACGGUAUCACCAAUCGUAGCAAGAACAAGAUGAUAAAAUUGUAGUUUUGUCUCCAAAACAAAUACAGUCGGUAUGCCGUAACAAAAAGACACAAGACGCAUCUUCACACUUAUCAAUGUAUGUAUCUUUCAUUAAGUCAGUAGAGGGUUUUAUUUGAAGAGCGCGGCAUUAAGAAUUUAAGAUUGUUGUUAAAUGUGUAACAAUUACCUGUGACUUAUCUCAAGCUUUAUUUUUACAGAGUGACAAAUCGUUUAAAGUAAUU